GAAAAAGGAAAAAGCAUGCAACUACUGAGGGCAAUAGGAUUUUUCCAUGGAAAUAUUUUAUUAUUUUGUGUCACAACAGGUGCAGGAAUCUUUGUGUCUCCCAAAGGGGUAUUAAAAUAUUCCUCACUGAACAUAGCUGUCUCCCUGAGUAUUUGGGCUGCUUGUGCUGUUCUGACUAUGAUCACCGCUCUCAGUCUCGCAGAGAUGGGGACCACCUUCCCUAGAAGUGGAGCACCUUACUAUUUCCUCAAAAGAUCUCUUGGAUCCUCUGUUGCUUUCCUCAGUCUUUGGAUCAAACUUUUUACUUAUCCCUUAGGAAUAGCUACUCAAAGCUUGAUAAUAUCUACCUAUCUAAUUCAGCCUUUCUAUACCAGGUGCCCAGCCCCAGAGCUACUUAAGAAAUGUCUAGCUUUGGCUACUUUGUGGUCAUUGGGACUUCUUAAUGCUCGAGGGGUGCUAACAGUGGCUUGGUUUCAAUCUAUCAGUAUUUUGGUGAAAAUGGCUGUCCUCUGCUUCAUUUCCCUUACUGGGAUUGUUCUGAUAGGGACUGGGAAAAAGGAAAAUGUGGCCAGGUUUGAGAAAGCUUUCGAUGCUGAACUUCCUGGUGUCUCACAGAUUGCAGAAGCCUUUCUUCAAGGAUUAUUUGCAUAUUCUGGUACAUCAGUCCUGAUCAACAUAGCAGGAGAGAUAAAGAAUCCUGGUGAGAAUAUUCCCAAAUCUCUGAUUACUGUCCUUCCCACGGUGGCUGUAAUUUACGUAUUGGUGAAUAUAUCCUACCUGACAGUUUUGACCCCUCAGGAAAUCAUCUCUACAGAUGCUGUUGCUGUCACCUGGAUGGACAAAGUAAUCCCUUCCAUGCAAUGGGUCAUUUCUUUUGGGAUUUCAACUUCAAUAGUUAGCAACAUGUGUUGUACAAUACUUUCAGCCUCAAGACUGUUCUACACAGCAAGCCAAGAAGGACAACUGCCUUUGAUCUUCUCUAUGCUCAAUAACUACUUCAGUCCAACUGUUGCUAUCACCCAGAUAAUCAUUUUAACUUCUUUUCUUAUUAUAUCCUCAGAUUUAAUCAAUUUAAUAAAAUAUUCAGGAUUAGCAACCUGGGUUUUAAGAGGGCUGUAUAUGAUAGGUUUACUUAAACUAAGGUACCAGGAACCCAAUCUACCUAGACCUUAUAAGGUACCUUUGCCAUUUGUAUUGGGAUCCAUAGCUAUAUCUUUGUUUCUAAUUUUGACACCAAUGAUUCAGUCUCCAACAGUAGAGUAUAUAUAUGGGUUUAUCUUUAUUUUUAGUGGACUUCUAUGUUACUGGCUUCAUGUUCACAUUAAUCAACAUUAUGUUUGUUUUGACAAAGUCACUUGUUAUUUACAAUUACUAUUUAAUGUUUCACCACCUGAAGACCAGGAUGAUGGUAUUUCAACAGGAGAAAAACAUCUCGAAGAAAUUGUUUUGUAA